CCCGGCCUCUCUCUCUCUCUCCCUCUCUCUCUCUCCCCCUGGAGCUCCCGGCUGUCCGCGGCUCCCUCGCGCUCUCCCUCUCUCUCCGGUAGGCUCCACUGAGCGAUGCGAGCUCUGGGAGACAGCGACGCCGCCUCCCGCUAGAGACCUGCCCCCGGCCCGGCCCCCUGCCCAGCCCUGCCCAGCGCGCGGGGGUCGGCGAAGGCGCCGCGGACGCACCGACGGCUGAGGACCGGCGAUGCACAUGCACUAGCAGCACCCCCUAACUCACUCCCUGCACACCCCGCGCCGCCGCCGCCGCCGCCGCCUCCUCCGGCAUCAGCGGCAGAAGGACCCACCCUGCCCCCCACCCCACCCUCCGCCGGCUCCGGCUGCGGCUCUUGCCUCGACUAUUAUUUUAUUUAUUUUGGGUCGUGCACAAGCCUCAGUGCCUGCAGCCCGCGCCUCCUCGGACCGCGGGCGCCUCCUCCCUCGGCUCCGGAUCCCCAGACCCCGGCCACCCUCGCCUCGACACCCCCAGAGCCCCGCCAGCUACCGCGAGUCUCCGCUGCUGGAAUCUUGUUAGCGGCUGUCUUUUUGGGGGUUUCUGGUUUCCCGACAUUUUUGUUUUCAGCCAAGGGGAGGAUAUCGUGAUUUUUUCCCCUUUGAGCCCAGGCUCUGCUCUCUGGGGGGGGUGGGGGGCGCGCCGAGCCGGGGAGCCGUGCCAGCCGAGUCGUGCGGGCUGUGGCAGGGAAGGGGCCACCAUGGGAUGUACUCUGAGCGCAGAGGAGAGAGCCGCCCUCGAGCGGAGCAAGGCGAUUGAGAAAAACCUCAAAGAGGAUGGCAUCAGCGCCGCCAAAGACGUGAAAUUACUCCUGCUGGGGGCUGGAGAAUCAGGAAAAAGCACCAUUGUGAAGCAGAUGAAGAUCAUCCACGAAGAUGGCUUCUCUGGAGAAGACGUGAAACAGUACAAGCCUGUUGUCUACAGCAACACCAUCCAAUCCCUGGCAGCCAUCGUCCGAGCCAUGGACACUUUGGGCAUCGAAUAUGGUGACAAGGAGAGAAAGGCCGACGCCAAGAUGGUGUGUGACGUGGUGAGUCGGAUGGAAGACACCGAGCCCUUCUCUGCAGAGCUGCUUUCCGCCAUGAUGCGACUCUGGGGCGACUCAGGAAUCCAGGAGUGCUUCAACAGGUCUCGGGAGUAUCAGCUCAACGACUCCGCCAAAUACUACCUGGACAGCCUGGAUCGGAUCGGGGCCGCUGACUACCAGCCCACCGAGCAGGACAUCCUCCGAACCAGGGUCAAAACCACCGGCAUCGUAGAAACCCACUUCACCUUCAAGAACCUUCACUUCAGGCUGUUCGACGUCGGGGGCCAACGAUCUGAACGCAAGAAGUGGAUCCACUGCUUCGAGGACGUCACGGCCAUCAUCUUCUGCGUCGCACUCAGCGGCUAUGACCAGGUGCUCCACGAAGACGAGACCACGAACCGCAUGCACGAAUCCCUGAAGCUUUUCGACAGCAUCUGCAACAACAAAUGGUUCACGGACACGUCCAUCAUCCUGUUUCUUAACAAGAAGGACAUAUUUGAAGAGAAGAUCAAGAAGUCCCCGCUAACCAUCUGCUUUCCUGAGUACACAGGCCCCAGCGCCUUCACAGAAGCCGUGGCUUACAUCCAGGCCCAGUACGAGAGCAAGAACAAGUCGACCCACAAGGAGAUCUAUACCCACGUCACCUGUGCCACUGACACCAACAACAUCCAGUUUGUCUUUGAUGCUGUGACAGAUGUCAUCAUCGCCAAAAACCUGAGGGGCUGUGGCCUCUACUGAGCCCUGGCCUCACUGGCCAGCAGCCCACUGCCCUGCCCGGCCUGCUGCCCACCCUCCCCUGGAACCAGAGCUCCGCCUCCUCUCAGACCACUCUCCACACUUGACAAAGAAGCACCAGCAGCCGACACUGAGGGGGGAAGAGGGAACCCUCCCCCGGCCACCCACCCCCAGACAUCAGGACACGUGGUAACACCGGGGCUGGGCGGGGUGCUGAGUGUCCGCGGGGCCCGAGUCAUCGCUCACCGCCUGCGUGCCGCUCGCUGCUCACUCGCCUCUGCUUCAUCUGAGUGUUUUAUGGGGGAAGGGGGUGGGGCCAAGGCCACCGUUUGGCCCAGAAUGGGCACACCCUAUACUCAGUGACUCAUUCUUGAAGUCCCAGGGUCUCCUCCUGUCAUCUGGGGUUGUGCAGGUGGUGGGGGUGGCCCUGGGGCAGGGUGCUGGGAGGGGCGGGGACAGUGGGAGCCACUGCUCACCUUUUCCUGGGGUCUCUCUCGUCAAGGGCAGCUCCGUCACCGAAAGCCAGGGUGGAACCAGGCCAACUGCGUGUGGGUGUGAAGGCUUGGGCCAUGGCGCAGGCCCCCCUCCUCCCUCCCUGGAUCUCAGGCCCUGGCGCGAGCCCUUCCUUCUCUGGCCAUCCUUCCCUGCACACCCUUGGGGCUCCCAUUGCCCUCCUGGGGACCCCUCCCCUGCCUCCUCACAGGCCCGGAAGUGCCUUGGAGACUGACUUAUGGCAAAGGCACGGGGUAGAUGGUGGGAGGGGUCGUGCCCCACAUCUGCACAGAGGGCAAGAAAGAGGUGGGAGAUGGCAGGGGAGGGCAGGCUGAGGGGAAGCAGCUCCUGUGUUGACUGGGGUGGGGGCCCAAGGGUGACUCAUCUACAUUCUCGCAUCACCCGGGUCUUGGGCCGCUGCUCCUCAGUGCAAGUAGAUGUGCUUUUCCUUCUCCAGUUCAGAGUGAAUCCAACUCAAACGAUCAGGGCAGGCAGGGGCCUUUUGGUGGGGGUCCUGUAGCUGGGGAGGCCCAGGGGAGGUAUGGACACAGCCCCUGCAGCCAGUGCCCCAGCUUCCUUCUAUCUUGGUGAAGAAACCAGAGAUUCUGUCUGUAGCCUUUGGUGUCCUGCCAGCCCCCAGGGCAGAGGAGGGCAGAUGGAUGGGAGCACCACCUUGGCGUGUGCACUGCAAGGGGCCCAGGCUGGCUCAAACACGUCAGCCCCCUCCUCUGGAGAGAGAGUCCUAGGACCCCUUGGAGGGGCUUUGCUGCCGAUCCCUGAACAGAAAGGAGUGGGAUGCCUUCUGGUGUCCCAGGCCAGAACCAACACACCUGUCCAUCACUCCUGGAUGCCUCCAGUGGGCUGAUGCCCCCAGCCCGCACCCCACACAGGCUCUGCGUGCUCAUAUGGCAGUCUCUGCCUGGGGAGCUGGACAUGGGAGGGGAAAGGGCUGCCCCUUGAGAGGCCUCUGGCUCCCUCCCCAAGCCCUCUGCUCUGCCAACCUCCACUCUGGGCUCUGCUCAGUCCUGGGACCAGGCAGGACCCCUUGGACUCCAGUGUAGCCCACUGGCCACCCUGGAGCCAGGAAGAGCCCAUGCCAGCAGUUCUGGGCUUCCUGCUUCCAACAGGCACAGAGCUCUGGGUGGGGCACAGGAGACCCAGGGAACCUGCCUUAGUGCCAAGUGCCUGCAGGGAUGGGUGCCACUCAGGUGAGCCCUGUCCCUGGCCUGGCCCUCUUUCUACUGCCCCUGGCUUGUGGGAGUCACGUCAGCCAGGCUGCAGGAACCGCCCUGCAGGCCCAGGUGCACCGGGGUGUCGUUUGCCUCAUUGUGUGCCAUACCUUGUACCAGGUGCUCAGUCGUGGCAGAGGAUAGGCUCCUGGAGCCAACAACCUCGGUCUGCCAUGGGCCACCAGGGCCAUGGAGGCCAUUCUGCCCAACAUUGAAGACGCAGCAGUUAUUUCCUGGCAUCACCACCCUGGGUGUGGCCAGCUGAGCUGUGCCCCUAACUCUGCCCUGUGACCCCAGACUCAAAAACAGCUGACAAGAACGGGGAUGCUGGCCAAGCCCCACCUCUAAGGCCAUCACCCUGGAGGUGGAAGUCACUGGCCCUCCAAGCCCAGGGCUCGCCUUUGCCCAGCUGCCUCCCUCAAACCACAGUGGCCAGGGCACCAGGCGGCAUUAGGAGCUGGAGGAGCUGAUAGCUUGGGACCUUCCUGCCCUUCCAUCCCCUGGGCUGCCUUUUCUUCUCUCAGAUGCUCUGCCCUGCUCGGUUUCUGGAGCUGCUCUCGCCCUCCCGCCCUGGCCUGCCAAGGAGGUCCUUGGCUGUCUAGUGUAAGCCCUUGAGGAGAGGGUAUCCAAGGCGAGAUUCCUCCCUGUCCACUGCAUCUGUCAUCCAUGUCGUCACUGGUGGCUCCAUCACGGGGGGAAACGACUAAGUGACAUGGGUUUGGCUCCGUCGUGGAUGUGGGGGGAAGACGUUGUGAGUGACCAGGUGUGGGUGUGUCUUCAUCCACAGUGGCCCCAUGUGUGCCCCCGAAGGGGCCAGGUGUAAACUCUGAGUGGCUCUAAGUCAAUAGGCCAAGAGGAAAGUGAGUUCUAGCAGGGACACUUUGCCAAGAGAACUGUGCCUGCCGACCAGAUGCCUGGGGGCAGUCCUGUGCCUGCGCCGCUGCCCUCACAAGAGCCAGGUGUUGGCCUUCCCACUGUGGACGGAGAGAGAUCCCCCAGGCUCUCUGGCCUGACUGGAGGGGUGUGCCCGAGGCCCAGGGAGGGCCUCUGUUGAGCCUGUGGACCGUGGCUUGAGGAGGCUGUGGUCUCCCCCAGCCUGAGCAGAGAGCACAGCUCUGGGCCCCUCGCCAGCAGCUUGGAUGUUCUGGGUUCCAUGGCUACCUUCUAUAGAGGCCCUCGAUGCCCGGGGCCCUCGCCCUUUCUUUCCCCUCUGGCCCCAGCAGAGCCUGAGGGCCUGUGGCUACAUGCUCCCACCCCAGGGCAGUAAGCAGAAGACCACCACCAUAUCUGGUGCCAGGAGGCAGCUCUGCCUCCCAGCCUCUCGCCCAGCCCAGCUCCAUGCCCACUGGAGGGAACCGGAGGCCCCCUGCCCUCCGUGACUGCACUGGGCACCAGUGGGUCUACCCAGGCAGGCAGUAGCCACAAGUGCCCUCCCCACCCAGAGCCCCCCUAACCAGGCUGUCUGUAACCUACUGACAGGAAGGGGAGGGCCUAGGAGUCCUCCCACCCCAGCCCUUCCCUUCUGCCAGGGUGAACCCUGCAGGGGGACUAUCCCCUGCUCCCACCUAACACUGACAGUUUCUAUCCCCUCGGUGACGGUGCAAGUUCUUCCUCAUCUCUGGCCUGCAUCCUCCCCAACUCCUCCCCUUUCGUCUCUGUCUGCCCUAGUACACUCUUCACGCCUCUCGUAAGUAAACCCACCACAAUCCGGGCCUCCGUGUCUUUCCUCCAGGCCAGGCAGUGGCCAUCCCAGCCCCCUUUUUAUGAAGCCUGGAGCACAAAGCCUCUCCGGCUGCACCUGCUCUUCUCUGAGCCUUCUGGAAACCUUCAGGUGCAACCUGGCAGUUCCCAGGAACUGAGGCUGGAGGCUCUGGCUCCGUGACCACCGGAGAUUCCAUCUGGGGUCCCGAAGGCAAGCAGCACCCAGAGAGUUCCCCCAUGUCAGGCCACAAGCCUACCGAGUAAAGGGUCCCAGCAGCCCCAGGCAGUGGAGAAGACACAAUGGGCAGACCAGGGAACAGGGCCAAGGUGGGAGCUGCUGCCGUGCGGUGUUGGUCGGGCUCCCCGCUCUCCACUCCCAAGUGACGUGAGUCCUGAACCCAGCCUGCCCAGAGAGCAUAGAGGGCCUUCCCUCUGGGGGCUCCAGACAGACCCCACCCCAGGCAGAUGAAGGCCCCUGUUGGGGGAGGGGCAGGUUGAGGCUCCCCCACCAGUCCAAAGUCCUAGGCCCUCUGGGUGGGAGAGGGGGUGUCUCUGGAAGGGAAGCUUUCAUCCCCAGGCCCAGUGCACCAAGACCACCAGCAUGAACUCACACCCCUUUCCCAGCAGAGCCCACAGCUCUGGUGCACCCCUGCUCCUGCGGCUCAUCCCUCCUCGCCUCUCCGCCACCCCCUCCCACCCAUCUGCUGUCUCCCUGCAGCCUUCACCUCCUGGUCUCCUCGACCCUGCUGGUUCUGCCCUGUCCCCUGGCUUGGCCCCACCGCGGGUGUCCUCUGCCGCCACCCCUGCCCUCUCCCCACCCUGCCGUGGCCUGUCUGCUCCCCUCCCCCACCCCAGGCAGGGAUGAGCUCAGGCGCCCUCUCCCUCCUUAGCAAGCCUUCCCUUCGGUGCAGCCGUCCCACCUCCCAGCCCCGCCGCAGCCACCCACCCCAUAUUAACUGUAAUUUUGUAUGAAGAGUGACUUGUUGGUUUAAUAAAUCUCUAGUUAAUGUAAUAAU